AUGUGCAAGAAACUCGAAAGUAUAUUCCUCUCAGAUAACUCUUUCGUUGGAGCAAUAUUGUCUGCUAAAUUUGAAGAACUUGUAAAUUUAGAUCACAUCAACUUGGAGAAUAAUUUCUUCACUGGAAUCAUCCCCUCCUCUAUAUUCACGCUUCCGUCACUGAAUGGGGUGUUUCUUUCCAACAAUAAAUUUGAAGGUCAACUCAAUGAUUUCAUAAAUGGCUCUUCUAGAGUACGAUCACUUCGUUUGAGUGACAAUAAUUUAGAAGGUCCCAUUCCCAUGUCUUUGUUUCAAAUCACGAAUCUUCAAGAUCUCAUUCUCUCUUCCAACAAGUUCAGUGGCACCAUAGAGCUCAAUAUGCUUAACAAGCUGGGAAACCUUACUAUACUUGACAUUUCAUACAACAACUUGACAAUAAUCGAUAUAUCCUCUCCUCACACUCCAUUUCCAUUAUUUCCUAGUUUGCAAUUCGUACGGUUGGCUUCUUGCAAGUUGACAACAUUUCGACAAUUCUUAAAAAAUCUCUCACUACAAUAUAUUGACCUGUCAAAUAACCAUAUUGCUGGAACUAUACCACAAUGGAUUUGGAAGAACAAUUUUCUAGAAAACAUUAAUCUUUCGUAUAACUACUUGACUGACUGGGAGGAACCUGUGUUCAACAAUUUGUCUUCUUUGUUCUCCCUCGAUUUUCAUUCCAAUCUUCUCCGUGGACCUCUUCCAACUCUACCCCCAUCAUCUGUCUAUUUAGAUUUUUCAAGCAACAAUUUGAACUCUUUUAUUCCAUCUAAGAUUGACAAAUACCUUAUCGAGACUAAGUUUCUCUCUUUGGCAAGCAAUAAUUUCCAAGGGAAUAUCCCAGAAUCAAUUUGCAAUGCUCCAUAUCUUCUAGUGCUUGACCUCUCUAAUAAUGCUUUGACUGGCACAAUUCCAAAAUGCUUGAUUGCAAUGAAUGGAACUCUUAGCAUACUAGAUUUAGGGUGGAACAAAAUCAAUGGCACUAUUGAUACUUCUCCUGGCAAGUGUUCGUUAAGAACACUACAUCUAAAUGGCAAUUCUCUACAAGGAAAGCUUCCAAAAUAUCUGGCUAAUUGUGCCAUGAUGGAGAUUUUAGACAUUGGAGACAACCAGAUACAUGAUCGGUUCCCCUGUUGGUUGCAGAACAUAUCUUCCUUACAUGUUCUUAUUCUGCGAUCCAAUAAAUUAUAUGGCUCACUCAAAUGUGGAGGAACCGAGGUAGCAUGGCCAUAUAUUCAAAUUCUUGACCUUGCAUCCAACAAUUUUGGUGGUAGAAUGCCAUUGGGAUUCUUUGAAUCUUCGAAAGCAAUGAUAGCUGAUGAAAAUGAUCGGAGAAUGUCCGAGCUAGGGCAUCUUCAAUCUGAAGUUCUAGGAUAUUAUGAUGUUUAUUACCAAGACAGGGUGACAAUUACAAGCAAACAGCAACAAGUGGAGUUAGUAAAGAUCCUAACCAUCUUCACCACCAUUGACCUGUCAUGCAACAAAUUUGAGGGACUAAUACCAGAAGGGCUUGGACAACUAAAUGCUCUCCACAUACUUAAUCUAUCACACAAUGCUUUCUUCGGCCAAAUCCCAUUAACAUUAGGAAAUAUGAAAGAUCUUGAAUGCUUAGACCUGUCAAACAACAACCUGAGUGGGAAAAUCCCCACACAAAUAACAGCGUUGUCUUUUCUUUCAUUCCUGAACCUGUCAGGUAAUCAUCUCGUGGGGAGAAUCCCAACAGGUACCCAAAUUCAGUCAUUUACAACAGAAUCGUUCAAAGGCAAUGAUGGGCUGUGUGGACCUCCAUUGUCCCCCAAUUGUGGUGAUGAUAGAAUGCAAGGGACACCACCUCCUGCAUCAAAUUCCAAUGUUGAUACAAAGAAUUCCAUUGAUUGGAAUUUCAUAUCAAGCGAACUAGGAUUCACUUUUGGGAUUGGAACUAUUAUUUUGCCUCUUAUAUUUUGCAAGGCUUGGAGGAUAAGGUACUGGAAAUGUAUUGAUGGAAUACUUUAUCACACCUUCCCUCAGCUGGACUUUGUACAUGAACGACGUGGAAGGCAAAGUUAUAGAACUCUAAGGUGGAUAUCAUACUGA